CGCUUUGGUGAAAUAUACCUUGUUUGCAGGAUUUUUGAUGUUAUCUGGAGGAUAUUUAUUCGAUUAUUUUUCUAUAUUAGUCGAUUAUUAGGAUUUGGACUUUUCUUUCUGGAAUUCCUUGAAUACUGGCGUACUAUGGGACCAAGCAUCACUGCUAAGACUGAUCGAUUUAUUGUGCUAAGCGUUUCUGGUUAUGUUUUUUGCUAUUUUUGCAUUAAUCGGUAUAUCUUGGAACAUAAGAAAUGUCCAGUGACAUUUCUUCCAGCAAGCAUUGAAGAUUUAAUUCGUCUUCGUAGGUAA